AUGGAUAUGCCAAUAAAUUAUCAAGAUUAUCAACAUCAGCAUCAACAACCCCAUCAUCAACAGCAGCAGCAGAAGGCUUUUAUUCGGCAACAACAAAUGGGUCAUACUACAGUCGAUUCCAGUAAUAAUGAUCAAGCAGGUAAUAUUGCUAUGGCUUCUGAUUUGAAGGCAGCCAUUCAAAGGAAUGUCAAUAUCGAUAUGGAUAGUAACAAUAAUGAAGUAGUACACAAGCAUCAAAGAUCAACAGUCACAAAGGGUAAGUACGGUCUUCAAGAUUUUCAAAUAAUGCGUACUUUGGGUACUGGUUCGUUCGGUAGAGUUCAUCUAGUCAGAUCUGUUCAUAAUGGUAGGUACUAUGCCAUCAAAGUAUUGAAAAAGCAACAGAUCAUCAAGAUGAAACAAAUAGAGCAUACGAAUGAUGAAAGAAGAAUGUUGAAAUUGGUAGAGCAUCCCUUUAUUAUCAGAUUAUGGGGUACUUUCCAAGAUUCAAGGAAUUUGUUUAUGGUUAUGGAUUAUAUUGAAGGUGGUGAAUUGUUUUCUCUAUUAAGAAAAUCUCAAAGAUUUCCAAAUCCCGUAGCAAAAUUUUACGCAGCAGAAGUGGUUCUUGCAUUAGAAUAUUUACAUGCUAAUAAUAUCAUUUAUAGGGAUUUAAAACCAGAAAAUAUCUUAUUAGAUCGUAAUGGUCAUAUCAAAGUUGCUGAUUUUGGGUUUGCAAAAGAAGUAUCUUCUGUAACCUGGACCUUAUGUGGUACGCCAGAUUAUAUUGCCCCAGAAGUUAUUGCAACAAAACCUUAUAACAAAUCUGUUGAUUGGUGGUCUCUAGGGGUAUUAAUUUACGAAAUGUUGGCAGGUUAUACACCCUUUUAUGAUGUGACACCAAUGAAGACAUAUGAAAAGAUUUUACAAGGUAAAAUUAAUUUCCCACAGGGAUUCCACCCUGAUGUCAUUGAUCUUUUAACUAGAUUGAUCACUUCAGAUUUAACAAAAAGAUUGGGGAAUUUGCAAAAUGGUUCAAGAGAUGUGAAAAAUCAUCCUUGGUUUAGUGAAGUCAUUUGGGAAAAAUUAUUAGCUAGAGAUAUUGAAACACCUUAUGAACCACCAAUUACUGCAGGUGUUGGUGAUACUUCAUUAUUUGAUCAAUAUCCAGAAGAACAUUUCGAUUAUGGUAUCCAAUCAGAUGAUCCUUAUGCUCAAUAUUUCAUUGAUUUUUAG